AAACAAAAUCAUUGCAGCUCCUGCGGAGUUGGGUUUAAUCUUCACACAUAUCUAACUAUCUUUCACCAAACUUUUACAACUGGCUUGUUACACUCUUGACGAGACUACUCACAAUGGUAUUGCACAAUGACACCGAUCCGGUCGAGCUGGCUACCCAGUCUUGGAUAAUGUACUCUGUUGGAAUGGCUCUAAUUGUGCUGCGGAUGGGUGCACAGAUUAAACGUCACGGCCUGAAGGGUCUUAAGCCCGACGACUAUCUGAUGUGUUUAACAGCUGGUUUUUACACGGCUCUGAUUGUCACCCUGAUCGGCUCGGUUUCUGGUGUUGGAGGAAACGGUUUUACCGCUGAUGUGGUUGCCACAUGGACAGACGCGGAGAAGAAAGAGCAUAUCAAAAACGCGAUACUUGUUCAAGUUUGUGAGCAGUUUAUGCUAGCGACGGUAUACUCUGUCAAAGUCUGUAUGCUUUUAAUCUACGGUCGCCUCACUAUGGGCUUAAAAGAACGUUUUGCCGUGAAGCUGCUUGCUGGCUAUGUUGCGCUUGGAUUUAUUGGCACGGAAUUGUCCAUGUUCUUGCUCUGCAGGCCAUACAACCAAUACUGGGCCAUUCCGCCCAACGACAUCGACCAAUGCGCUUUCUACAGAAAAUACUCUCUUCCGCAGGCCGUUUUUAAUAUCUCUUCCGACGCCCUCAUGCUUGCCAUUCCGCUGCCCUUAGUGAUCCGCUCUCAUUUACCAACGAAGCAAAAAAUAGCCAUGGUUUUACUCUUUAGCAUGGGUCUUUUUGUUAUCAUCGCCGGUAUUAUGUCAAAAUCCUUUGCCCUCCUCCCCCAAAACCUUGACAACAUCGUCUAUGCCUUCUGGUAUCUGCGCGAAGCCUCAGUCGCCGUCUACGUUGCAAACAUGCCGCUCCUCUGGCCCAUGAUCCGGGUCAUAACUAAAUUCAUUACGCGGGAGAAGGAUACAACUGUGUCUAAAAGCACAGGCAACAGCGCAGCGUACGAACUUAGGACCCGCAAAAUGCAGAGCCAGAGAUUGCCAAACGAGGAGACGGAAACUUGGGAUCAAAAUUCUAGCCAGGAGAUGAUCGUGGACAGGGGGGUCAUCUUCAAGAACCAGACUUUUGAGGUACAGGUAACCGAGAACAAGAAUUAUACAAAGUCGCGUGUUUAUGAUGAGAGAGAGCACGGGGAAAACGUUUACAGGGUUGAUGUAGACUCAAAGUCUUAAGGGCCA